GACAAUUCAAGUGCAUGACCGGCGAGGAGAAAGAGGCAGCAGAGCAUGCCAGAAGGUCGCCUCGUUCUCUGCAGUGAAAACGCUUCACCGCAACAUUUCUUAUUUGUAAUUUUGACGAUCACAGUCUGCAAGUGAAAUGUGACUUGGUGAGGACUCUAGAUAAGACCCCAGCGCAUUCCCGGUCAAUGACCUUGCGCAGAAUGCCAACGUGCCUCUUGUCUAAAAGGUGGAGGAGUUGGAGAUGGUGUUCCUUCACUCUGACGACCUUCUCCUCCAACCAGGCCCCGAAGGCCCUGCUGCCCUUUCUCUGUGCAGCGGUCAUCUUCUCGUACGGCUUGGCCGUCGGGCUCCGCUCGUUUGUGGCCGGCAUCUUUCUCCCGCAGUACCACUACCCGUACGCGGUGGCGCUCUGCUUUGGCCAGGUUCUGUCAUCAGUGUUCUUCUUCAAUCUUCUCCACCUCCUGGGAGUGGCGCCACUGAGGCGGUUCAGUCGUCCACUUGCAGAGCGUCUCUUGGUUCCGUCCAUCUGUAGCAGCGUCCACGCCGCGCUGGCCAUAUGGGCCGAGGCUAACAGCUCCGACUCGGGCCUAUUUUCGCUCGCCCUACGGCCGCUGCCUCUCAUCACGAUGGGCCUGAGCUUUGCGCUGAAGGUAACAGCGCCGCCCUCUGGCCACACCUUUGUCCUUGUCUCCAUCCUGACUGGGUCGUCUCUGGUCUGCACAGCCAGGCAUGGUCUAUCAGUAGUGGAGCCCCUUGAGUACAUGUAUGCGCCUUUGGCCGUCAUGCUCCUCAGCCUCUCCCUGACUUGGCUGUCUAAAGUGUCCGAGGCCGACCGCCGGUUCUCGGCUUUGGACAUCUACUACGCAUUGCUGGUCAACCAGUGCUGGCUGCUGGGCCUCCUGUGGACGCUGCACCCGGACGGCCCCCUGUUGGUGCUGAGUCGGGCCAGCUGGCACAGCCUGCUCUUCCACGCUUACCUGCUGGCCAUUCUUCUGUUGGGCACGCUCCUCAAUUUCGUCGUGGUUAUGUCGGCGCUGUGCGUAUCACCGCUGGCUGCGGCGCUGUUACACUUGGCUGGGGAACUGCUGCAGCCCUUUGUACAGCUGCUGUGGUUUUAGACAGACUGGCAUUUCCUCAAGGUUAUUUAUUAUUCAUUUACCUCAGUCACUGAGGUUUUAUUCCUACUGUAUGUUGAUAUUUAUUGAAUGAAUGACAAAAGCAUUGAAAUAUAAAAUACAUCAUUAAAUAUACUGUGUACAGCUCUGA